ACACCGUUAUACAAAGCUAUUCAAAAAUGGUGAAAGUUUACUGAUUUGAUAAGAUCGCACUGCUAUAUCUAGAGAGAAAAAGACUAUAAAGCUGAGAUUUUUGACUCAGAUGCACUUCUCUCUAAACUUGGCCAACUACCAAACGAAAGAUUCCUUUCAUAAGGAAUGAGUGGUAACAAUGACAGAUGUUAGGAUCUGGAUCGUGUUCAUACUGGCUGUUGGAACAGUGACGAAUGCAAACAAUUUUCGGAUGAGAUAUCUCUACAGAGUCAGUGAUGAAGAAUCUGGAGAAUGUCGUGGUGCUCUGGGAUUGGAAAGCGGUGUGAUCACUGAUGGCCAAAUUACAGCUUCUUCUGAAGCUGGCGCUAAGUUGGCACCCAGCAAUGCAAGGUUACAUUUAAAGAAACAGAAGACACCUAGAAAGAGGGACGGUGGUUGGUCAGCUAAGAAAGGUGAUGUCAAUAAGUGGCUCCAAAUUGAUCUUUUUGACGAGAAUGCUAAAGUGACUGGUGUAGCUACACAAGGACGAGAAGACAACAACCAGUGGGUACUAGAGUACAAGUUACAGUUCAGUGAUGAUGGAGUGGACUUUCAAGACUACGUGGAACCAGGACAGACUGAGGGAAAGGUAUUUACCGGUAACACAGACAGAUCGACUGUUGUUCGUCACGAUUUGAGUCAACCAAUCACGGCUCGUUUCGUCCGUUUUCGGCCUCUCAUUUGGAAGGGGGCCAUAUCCAUGAGAGCGGAGCUCUAUGGUUGCUUGGCUCAAACAUGUGCAAACCCUCUCGGCAUGGAAAGUGGUGAAAUCUCCGACGCACAGCUCUCUGCUUCUUCGAAAGUUGGCACAAACCAUGGACCACAGCGUGGACGACUAAACAUUUGGAGACAGUGGUCGUCGAGAGGUGCUUGGUCUGCUGAAACAGAUGAUGUCAAUCAGUGGUUCCAGGUUGAUCUUCUGAGUCAAUAUACAAAAGUGACGGCCAUAGCUACACAAGGAAGUGAAGACAUGAAGGAGUGGGUCACUAAAUACAAGCUGCACCACAGCCAGGAUGGAGUAAAUUUCGAUUCAUAUAAAGAGCCUAGAGAAGCUAUAGACAAGGAUUUUGCGGGAAACAAGGACCAGAACACCAUCGUUUAUCAUAAACUAAAAAAGCCAAUUAUCGCACGUUUCAUCCGAUUUGUUCCCAUGGCAUGGUUUGGACACAUCUCCAUGCGGGUGGAACUUUAUGGCUGCUCAGCUCUGUUGGAAAAUUUGGACGAGAACGGAGAUGGAUUUGCCAGCCAAAGUGAAAUAGUAAACUUUGGAUUAGUGUGGCAGGGUGACGUAGACUACUUCGAUCUGAACUAUGAUGGUAAGCUCAAUCUCGAGGAGACCAAAAUACUGAUGUCCAAAGACUUAGAAAAGAAAAAGAUGAUAUGCCAUUUCAAAGCCACUGACACGAACCAUGACUUGUUCGUGACGGUGGAAGAGCUGAAAACACGAUUUGAACAUCUCAAAUAUGACAUUACUCAAGACGGAGUUGUUGAAUUUAUUCAGCAAGGAGACGACGAUGUGGCAGAUAAUAAAUUCAACUACAACGAUUAUGAUAACGAUGAUGACGACGAUGACAAUGCAGAUAAAAUAAUGAUGACCAUGAUUAUGUUGACAAUAACGAUGACAGUCAUAACGAAAAUAAGUGGUAAUGAUGCCAAGGUCACUUCGAUUUCCACAGCAAAGGUAAAAUUCAGCGGUGUGCAAGAUGACGGAGAAUGCAAAGAACCUCUUGGCCUUGAAAGGGGUAAUGUCACCGACGGACAGCUCAGUGCCUCUUCGGAAUGGGACGGGAACCAUAGCCCCAGGCGCGCCAGACUAAAUAUUCAAAAAGAAGGCAGCCAGCGAGGCGCUUGGUCCUCUCGCAGGAGGGACGGCAACCAGUGGCUCCAGAUUGAUCUCUUUGACGAAACCGCUAAAGUGACCGGUGUUGCCACACAAGGAAGGGCUGACUAUAACCAGUGGGUCACUAAGUUCAGGCUUCAGUACAGCAAGGACGGAAAGAACUUUCAGUUCUACAAAAGGAAAGGACAAUCUGCGAUCGAGGAAUUUACAGGUAACAAGGACAGAAACACCGUGGUUAGGCAUGACCUAAAUCCACCAAUUACGGCACGUUUUAUCCGUUUUCAACCUGUCAGUUGGUUUGCACAUAUUUCCAUGAGAGCGGAGCUUUAUGGCUGCUUAGCCGGAAAAUGUAUCGAACCCCUCGGUGUGCAAAGCGGUGAGAUCUCCGACGAACAACUUUCUGCCUCUUCGGAAUGGGACAGAAACCAUGGAACCAAACGUGGCCGACUUAACAUUGCAAAACAAGGGUCGCUGCGAGCUGCAUGGUCUUCUCGCAGGAAUGAUCAAAACCAGUGGAUACAGAUCGAUCUUCGCACUCAUUACACGAGAGUGACAGCCGUAGCCACACAAGGAAGAGGUGACUGGGAUCAGUGGGUCACCAAGUACAGGCUGCAGUACGGCCAUGAUGGAGAGAAAUUUGAAUUUUACAAGGAGCCAGGACAGACUGCACCCAAGGAUUUUGCGGGAAACAAAGACAAGUACACCAUUGUUUUUCACAAACUAAACAAGCCAUUCUUUGCACGUUUCAUUCGAUUUCUUCCUCGGUCAUGGCGUUCACAUAUCUCCAUGCGAAUGGAGGUGUAUGGCUGCUCAGCUCUGGUAGAAAACAUGGACCAGAAUGGAGAUGGAUUUGCCAGCCAAAAUGAGGUGGAAAGCUUUGGUUUAAAUUGGAAAGGUAGUGUGGAACAAUUCGAUCUGAACGCUGACGGCAAACUCAGUCCUGAGGAGUCUAAAAUCAUGACGUACAAAAGUAUAUAUGAUGUCAAGAAAAUCCUAUGUCAUUUCAAAGCCACCGAUACGAACCAUGACUUGUUUGUGACGGCUGGAGAGCUGAAAAAACGAUUUGAAGACUUCAAAUAUGACAUCACUCCAAACGGCCUAGCUGAGUUUAUCAAGGAGGGCGACAUUGAUGUGGUGGAUAAUAAAUUCAGUUACCACGAGUUCAGCACGGCAAUGUUUGGUGUUUAAUACCCAGAUUCUUGUGUGAACCUCCGUAGAAGCAUCAAGUCAAUCAGGCCUACGAAACAUAGGCAGCUGUUUUACUUGUUAUUAGGGAAGUUUGAUGAAAUAUGUUUCGUCACGUAGAUUUCUAAUUGUGGGAUAUCUCAAUAAAGAAAGUAGUAAAAUUAUU